GAAACGGAAAAAAAAAUUGUUCCGGUGCUUGAAAAAUUCCAAUCGUACCAUUAAUCUCUACUCUUUCUUUUCCUCUCCAACCCUUUUAUACACAUCAUGAGCGCUGAAAAACCUGCUGAAGUCGAUGUCGACGCCGCAUCCUUGGAACAAUUAAGAGACAUUUUGGUCAACAAGUCUGGGGACUCCUCCUUGGCGCUCAGGUUCCGCGCGUUGUUCAACUUGAAGUGCAUCGGUGAAGAGUUCAAGCAGAACCGCGAAAAGGCCAACACCGCCGUGGAAUACAUUGCCGAGGCGUUUGCGGAUGACUCAGAGUUGUUAAAGCACGAGGUUGCUUAUGUUUUGGGCCAGUCAAAGAAUCUUCACUCCGCCCCGCACUUGAGAGAGGUCUUGGCCAACGACAAGCAGCAAUGCAUGGUUAGACACGAGGCUGCCGAGGCCUUGGGGGCGUUGAUUGACACCGAAUCCUUGCCGUUGUUGGAGGAAUACUUCAAGAAUGACCCGCUCAUUGAGAUCAGACAGACCUGUGAGUUGGCGAUUGCGAAGAUUAACUACGAAACCAGCGAAGAGUUCAAGCAGGAGAACUUGGAAAAGUCGGCUUACUCAUCCGUAGAUCCAGCACCUCCAUUGUCCAUCGACCAGGACUACAAGAUUGAAAAGUUGCAGAACAUCUUGAACGACCAGGACAAGCCGUUGUUCGAGAGAUACAGAGCCAUGUUCCGCUUGAGAGACAUCAGCACCGACGAGGCCUGCUUGGCGUUGGCCUCUGGGUUUGCCGAUCCUUCUGCGUUGUUCAAGCACGAAAUUGCGUACGUGUUUGGCCAGAUAUGCAACCCCGUCACUGUCCCAUCCUUGAUCAAGGUGUUGCAAGACAAGUCUGAGGCUGGGAUGGUCAGACACGAGGCAGCUGAGGCCUUGGGGGCGAUUGCUACCGAUGAGGUCCUCCCAGUCUUGAAGUCUUUCUUGGAGGACGAAGACGAAGUGGUCAGAGACAGUGCUGUCGUGGCCUUGGACAUGUAUGAGUACGAAAACUCCAACGAAAUGGAGUACGCUACUAUUGCGUAGGGCGCAGGAAGUAUCUUUAGAGAGGUUUCAAUCAAUAAUGUUUUGGGAAGUGUAGCUGAUUUACCGAGUAAUGAACCGGAAGCUCCACCCGUCAGAUGUUCUUGGGCGGGAGUAAUCACUGUUGAAACGGAUGUCGUUUUCCUUUGACUGAUGCGGUAGUGGGACUUGAAUUUACGUG